GAUGAAGUUGCCUCUUUGUUUCCUGCUGAUCCUGGGCUGUGUGGUAGUCCAUGGGCAAUCGCCUGACUGCAAGGAGAUAAAGGAUAUUUGCUCGAAGUGCAUCCGAACACUUAAUGAUCCCUACAACAAGGUGGAAUUUAUAAAUAAAGGAUGCAGAAACAGGGUUCGAGGCAGCUAUGUAUGGACGGAUCAGAAUCUUUGCGAACUACAGGCGAUAGCUUGUUCAGCUCCGAAUAGGGCAAUGCAUUGUGUUGUUAUCGCCGAGUUAGCCAAAAUGCGCAAACUGACUCCAAGACCUCCAGGAUAACAAAUGUAUUAAAAAAGCUGGCCAAUUAUAACCAAAUAUGCAUUUGAUUGACACACACUUUCGGAACUGGAUUAUAUUUAUUUAUUUCUCAUGUUCUUAGGGCAAAUAUACUGAUUUUC